AUGCUGUCUCGGACGGCGAUCCUCGCAUCCACGGGCCACCCCUUGUUCGCCAAGACUUUGGGUUAUCAAUGCCUGAAGUCUCCAUCGCCACCUCCUGUCCCCACAUCCUCUCAGCAAGAGGUGGCAGCAAUUCUGGUCCCGACGCCUUCCCCUGCCCUGCCACCUCCCGCCAACGUGACCCGGGCCCCACAACCUCUUCAUGCCAGGUCCAAGGAGUUCAUCAGCGAUGAUGAGGAUGAUGAAGUCCCGGCCGACCAGGUGAUCUAUGUCAAGAGCAAAGUCAAGACCAGGCCAAGCACUCAACCCACCAUCCCGCAGAUAGAAAAGCCGGAUGCAACUGAGUCCUUGGACUCUUCAACCGAGGAUGCCACAGCAUGGCCCUCUGUGCGCAUCUUCGGCAUGCAGUGUGAGAGGUGUAUCAAGGACGAUAUUCCCUGCGCUGUCAUCCUCGGCAAGAAGAUGGGUGAGCUCCGAGUAGGAGCAACAACUUCGGGCCGUGGUCGCCUUGAAAAAGGCCAAGGUCACGGCAGCAGCCGACAAGAAGGCCCGGGGUUCCACCCAGAAGAAGGCGCCAGCUCCCCGGGCCAAGUCACGCGCUCACUCAAAGGCCCCCAUGAGCACCCGCUCCACCCGGGCUGUAUCUCAAGUCCCGCCGGUCACCAAGAAGGUUCUGCCACCCUCCCGAAGAUUCCACAGAUGAGGAUGCAGAGGGUGUGGAUGAACCCAAAGCUGCAGCGGCCUCAACCAACCAGCUCAACGCCGGAGCACCGGCACCAGCUGAUGGCAAUGAGCAUGCCCAAGAUGCAGCACCCCUUGCCGAAUGUCGCUGCGCCAACUCCCGUGAUUGACAACUGA